AUGAAAAACCAGACACCGACCUACCAUCCCUCCUCACCCAACUCGUACGCCCACCAUUUACAGACAGGGCAACCUGACGAGCAGAACAAGCAGCAGAGAUCGCACAGGAGGACGACGAGCAGCUAUACAUACCGUGGAUCGAUGGCGAGCGAGAUAGCCGAGACCAACGACGGGCAGCUCAACGACUACUCGAGCGAGAUUGCCCCGAGCAUCUUCGGAACCUCUCCCGCCGGACAAGUCGGCCAGAGCAAGCCCAGGGCUAUCGUCCGGAUCGAACGCGACUACAGCGCCCGUGGGGCAACCUGUGGACGGGUCCAGUUCUGGGACGGCUGGGUCAAGGAACUCGAGGGAAGAAUCAGCCCUCUCGAACUUCAAAACACUCUCAACGACUUCAACCUCAUCCUUGCCUCCGCCUACGACCCUUAUUCGUCGAUCCUGGAUAACACCCUCGCCGUUCUCUCCUUCUACAUCUCCCCCUGGCUCCUCGGAACCCAUCACAAACGACAAAUGAACCUUUUUAAGGAUACCCUCGAACAGUACAAUAAAUCGGUCUAUAAUCCUGUCGGGCUCAACAUCCUCCAUCCUCAAAAAGUCGCCUUCUUAUUCCUUGAAAUAGAAUACUAUUGA